AUGGCUAUCGUGAGAGAACCAACGGUCGGGACAUUCCUUCAGGGCAACUGGUCAAUUUUAUUAUUGGUAACUGUCGCUAUUACCAUUGGCAUCCGAUUGAUCCCUUCGCGGGCCAAUGUUCCUGUCUAUAGUAGGUAUUCGGGCUGGCGAGGUCGCUGGAAGGACUCGCUGCACUAUCUUCACGACAGUGCUGGAACCUUGAGAGCUGGCUACGAAAAGUUCUCUCGUCACGGACAAUUCUUUCAACUUCGGACGCCCAUCCGCUGGAUUGUAGUUGUGCCGCCUAAAUUCGUGGAUGAAAUUCGCACCGCACCGCCAACGCAUUUGAGUGCUAAAGAGUCGGCAAACGAUGUGCUUCAAACUAGAUACACAGUGUCUCCAAUCGUCGAGGCAGAGAAAUUUCAUUUCCACAUUGUCAAGACACAUCUCACGCCCAACCUGGAGAACAAAAUCGAUGAUAUUCGCGACGAAAUCAAAUUGUCAUUUGGAGACGAGAUAGGAAACCCAACCGGUGAGAUUCCCAGACCCCGUCAACCAAAGGCCCUUUCUCAUCUUUGUGUAGAUUGGACGGCGGUCGUGAUGUCUAGAGCAGCUCAUCGGAUCGCAACCCGAACUGCCAAUAGACUACUCGUCGGGGCACCGUUGUGUCGGAAUGAGGAGUAUCUUGAUAUGUCUAUCAAAUAUACAAUAGAUGUAUUCGGAGGAGCCGACAAGCUUCGCGCCUGGCCUAAGUUCCUUCGCUCAACGGUCACGCAAUUUGUGACCAACGUUAAGGAACGGCAGAGGGUAGCUCGAAAAUAUCUCAUCCCGUACAUCAAAGCUCGUUUGCAGGAAGAAAGUCGUGGAUUACUUGAGAAGCCUCCCGUUGAUUCCCUUCAAUGGGUCAUGGACGCGGCACCAAAUUCCAGCGAGAGAGAUCCGGAGCGGCUGAUGUUUCGUCUACUGCACUUGAAUGUGGCGGCAGUGCAUACAACAAGUGCCACUUAUCUCAACGCGAUGUUGGAUCUGGCCUUCCAUACUGAAAUUCAUGGAGAGCUUCGAACCGAGAUUGAUAGCGCAGUCCAGGAGCACGGAUGGUCGGGGCGAGCAUUGAGUCAAAUGCGGAAGCUCGACAGCUUUUUGACUGAAAGCCAGAGGCUCUCUCCUCUUGCCAGCUCCCAAUUGACUCGCGCGGUGAUUCAGGAUUUCACAUUCUCUGACGGCACGACUGUUCCCAAAGGCUCCUAUGUUCUAGCACCGAUGUAUGCGAUGUAUUUGGAUGACGAUAUCUAUCCCAAUGCGUCGACCUUUGAUGCAUUCCGCUUUUCCAAGCUUCGAGAGCAGCCCGGUCACGAAAAUCGACACCAGUUUGUGACUACAUCUCCGACACAUAUCAACUUUGGACACGGCAAGGACGCAUGUCCUGGACGCUUCUUCGCAGCGCAGGAGAUAAAACUAUUGUUGGCUCAUGCUUUGCAGAGUUACGAUAUCCGGCUUGAAGAUCCAACUAAUCUGCCUGAGGGUUCUUGGUAUGAUCGUUCUCGAAAGCCUAACCAAACCGCGCGUGUUCUUUUCCGCAGUCGUUAA